UCAUUGUAUACACUCAGCAUCAGUCGCUCAAUAUAUAUCCGUGUAAAACCAUGUCUAACAAUGUUCACUUGCGGUUAAACCGAAUAACGUAGUUUGUGAACUGCGAUUUAACUGUGUUGACGUUACGUUAAAAGGCUUAACAAAAUGGUUCGCGUGUUGGUUGUGUGCGCCCCCGACAGUAAAAAUAUCGUAGAUCGUUUAAAUAAAGACCUCACUGGAAAAUGUGAGACUAAGAUUGUGUCAUUUACUGACGUACAUCUGCACGUUGACAGCGAAGAAAAUGACGUCAUAUUGGUAAUUUUGACGCCUAAGGGUUGCACAGAGAUACCGAAGAUUAAAAAAGAGGUUCUGGAAAAAUUGUUUGAUCAUCAGUCCAAUGUAAAAAUUCUUUUUUCAUGUCAACAGAGCCAAAUUGAUUCCGUGGACAAUUAUUGUGGCAUGAUCUGCGAUCGCUAUUCCUCAGUUGCUAGAUAUAGCACAACUGAAUAUAACAAAGUUCGUGAUGAUGUAAUAGCUUGUGUGGAACAAUUUGAUGGGACGUGUGUGCCUCUACAGGCGAACCGAUUUAUAGUCAAGCCAGAUAUUAUAUAUAUGCCGGCAGAGGUAAUAAUCGUGAUGUUUGAGGAGGAAAAUGAGCAGCAAUUAUUCCAGAAAGUUGUAGUGCGACAUUCUGACAAAGAGCUUCCGGCUACGCGUGUCCACACGAACGUCUGGGCAUUCCAUACUGGAUAUCUUCCCAGUGGCGACAACCGUAUUUCUGUACUCUGCGAUGGUCAAGACAUAGGAUCUGAAAUCUUGAAGGUCUGUGAAGUAGACUUGAAGAAAGCAAUCAAUGCGAUUUCAGUGGCGAUGGAUAAACGUCCGUUAACGUCUCUGGCCACACUCCUGCAAACGACAGAAGAUGCCGUUGACGAGGAGUUGGCUAAGCUUCUCAUUUCGAAGCCUUCAUCCAUUGUUGAGACACUCUUACACUUGCGAAAUAAUUAUGGAGGUGGCGGAAAAUCCUUGUUCGAAAUUUGCAAAUCAGGAAAGUUGAAGGAAUCCUUUGGGCAAAUAAACCAAGAAAAGGAGUUACCCAAACAACAUUCUGAAAGCUCAUCAGAUGAUGAUCAUGAAUUGCGAUCCCCACUUUCCAGAAACAGUUCAGAAUAUAGAAAUGGAAAUCGACAGCGAACAUCGUGUCCUCCUGAUUUUCGGUCCAAUUCCUUGCGAUCCCGUCAUGGAAGUAUGCCCCCGACAUGUUCCAGCCUCUAUCGAGGUGCACGGGACAGCGGCGUUGGACACAGCCAAGGCACGGAGAAUGGGAGUGGAUCAGGAAUUGUUAAUCGACAAAGGAGCAGUCUAUCCAUGAGUGCACGCUACUGCAGCAUCGAGCCACUACCACUCAUACCAAGAGUUGGGUCUAAGAAGACCAUUCAAUACGACGAACCAUGUGACGAUGACGUGCACGUGAAAGUGGAAAACCUACAUCAAUCGUCAUCCGCACCCGACCUGACAAGAAAAAGGUCAAAAACAAAAGGUAGCCUUCGUGGAGGUACACGGGACAGCGGCGUUAGACAAAGUGAAGGCAUGGAUAAUGAGAGUGGAUCAGGCAUUGUAAAUAGACCAGAGAGUAUCAAGCCAUCAACGCAAUUGCCAAGAGUCGGGUCUAAGAAGACCAAUCACUACGAUGAACCGUGGGACGAUGAGUUGCUCGAGAAAUUGGAAAACCUACCAGUAGACCAACCAUCCAUCGAGGCUAACGUGGCAAGGAAAGGGUCGAAACGAGAAGGCGUGUGCUUACCCUCAACUCGUAUGUAAAAUUUUGGCGAGGACGGUUAAGCAAAAUGGCACAUACAUAUACCACAGGUUCAAGCAAGUAUAUCAAACCGACAGAAGAUUAUACUUAUUCAAACAAAUAGUUACAAAAGUGACAUUGCUCCACUGUCGAUUCUACAUCUGUUACCGUCAUAUAUGUAUUAAUCACUGGAUAUAUUGUUUACAAAGACGUCCGCCGUGUCAGAAACUUGUUGUUAUGUUCAAUGUGUGUUAACUGUUUAUUGAUGUAUACAGACAAGGUAGUUCAUUAUAUUAACUGAACGUCUAGCAUGACGACUUUGUAUGCAAUAACGAAGGCCAUAAUAAUUGUACACCUUUUUAUUGUUUACCAUACGAUGGGUACAACAAAUGCUAGAUAUUGUUGAAGUAUAGCAACAUUGGUAUACACAUUACAUGUUAUACAAAUCGUAACCACUUAGGUAAUACCAUGUUUCUAAUACAAUAUAACAAAAGAUUUAAAAAUCUAUUUAAUCAAUAACAAGUGGAUCAUUGGCAAUAUUUAUUCUGAACAACACGAAAGCAAUAGUAUAAAACACUUCUUGACAUAUAUUUACUAUGAAGCCGAUAGGCCUGUACAUAAUGUUAUCUUUGAAAUUAUCUUUACGCACAUUUUGCUAAGAAUUCAUUCGAUCAAAAUACUAUACAUUUUGAAAAUGUUGAAACAUGCUACAAUUUGGACAAUAUGCUACUUUUUUCCUCAUGCUUAGCAUUAUUUGUUACUCACGUUGCGUGUACUAUCAGGCUUAUUAGGCAUCAUUAUUAGCCAAUAAAAGUUCACUUAAAAGUCGUGUAAUACAGACAUUAAUGGCUUAAAUUAUGACUAAGUGUGUUUUGACAACACAUCUCGUCGUAAUUUUAUACCUGUAUUGAGACCAACAUUGGUUACAAUAUUGCAGCAUCGGUACAAAAAGCAUCACAUGAAAUAUUAACAAUAAUUGGAACCCCAAAGAUAUUUUCCUUUCAAAAGAAACUUUAGUCCAGUACGCUAAAACAAAAUACAUAAAUACCCGUUCACGAUGAGUAUACUAAUAUGUUAUUAUAAAUAAAUAUAUAUAUAUAUAUAUAUAUAAUUAUAGCAAGCAAAUCGUCAGCGGUAACAUAAUGUAUGAGCGAAAUUCUAAUGAAAAUAUAACCAUAUACACAUGUGCGCUAUAGAUAUAUAAACAUAUAAAUGUAUGAUUUUUUAAACGGUACUAUUACAUAUUGUAAGACUUUGCCUCACAUAUUACUAAACGAAGUAUAAUCUCAUCUGUAUGUAUCAUAUAAUGUGCUAAUUGUUAAGUAUACUCUUUGUAUGUUGCAAAUAAACAUGCUUGCAAGUGCAUUAUUCUGAAGGUGUAGCAUUACUAUUUGUACAAACAGUAGUUUUGAAUGCUUACACAUCAAUCUCCGUACAUAUUUUUUUGCAUCACCAAAUCACCCCUCUAAUCGCUUUUAAUUGCCCUGUACCGUAGCUCGCUGAGAGGUUGGCCAGUAUUGAACUAUGUAUUUUCCAGUCCCCUUCAGUAUUUGGUACCGCAGGUGAAACAAUUAUUUUCAUUUAGUUCAUAAACAAAGUUGUUAUUGCUCACACAUCAUAAACAAGGGUAAAGACCCCCAUAGAUAUGAUGUAAAGUUUCAAACAAACACUAAUCGCCCUCUGUAAAAACAACUGAAAUUGUGUUUACAGUCGUGUGUAAAAUCUUUCUUAUGAUAGCACUGUCUGCAACAGUUGCUAUUAAGAAUCACACACAGCCGGCAAUGAAUAAACCUAGUGUUAUUUUUGUUUUUAAUGCAGGGGUUACACUAACGGAAUCGCCCGUAUUUUGCAAUGAUGUUUUGAACAAUCAUUGUUGUUACGCAUUUUGUGGUCUAGUAUUGCUUCAAAAGAAGUCAUGUUCACUGACUCUACUAUUGUUUAGAGAUAGUUAAGGCCAGUAAUGUUGUGUAUCCAGUCCAAAUAGCCCGGCACAUUUGUGUAAACCCCAGGGACAUUCGGGUAUGCACAGGCCACGCCCCAAGACACAAUCCCAGCUACGAACCACGUGUCUCGUGUCUUGUCGAGAGAACAUAAGAAUGGCCCUCCGGAAUCGCCCUGAAAUGUAUACGGAGAAAUAAUAUAAUAAUAUCUGGCAAUCAUAUAUCAUCUCAGAUCUCAGAUCUCAGUACAUUUACUAAAAUGUUUUAUAAUAGCGGAGAAGUAAUAUUAUUAUUUGUUACACGGUUUCUUGCGGACCCCUUCCGGUCAGUAAAAUAAUAUUGGGCGAGUGCGUACUGGGUCAGUAAGAAGCUGUGAAACGACUUUAUAUAACCUGGUACCAUUCUGUUGCAAGCACCAAAUUACAAAGAGGAAACACGAAAGUUUUAAGUAUGUAAUAAAAGUCGUCUUGUUUAUUUUCUUGAAGUAAUAUAACGUAACUAGAGAAAUAUUAAAGCUGCCGAACUAAUAUAGGAAAACAUGCGGUCAGCAUGUGCUUCUGCGCAGCUUAUGAAACAUGAGAUUUCUGUAGGAGGGAAGAUAAAAUAAUAAACAACAUCUCGGUGCAUGUUAUCAGUUAAACGGUUUGAUUAUUUCAUAGUUUAUGUAGUAUCAGUAAGCAACCACCUGUAUGAUUUAAACCAGACUAUCGGCUCUGUUAGUUAUCCUGUUGGCGUAUACGUAAAUAUAAUGCAGAUCAGAUAACCAACCAUACGUGUGCUUCAAUGAUAUUUAGGCAGUUAACUGCUUUUGUAUCAUGAAUAACUAUUUUCUGAUUCGGAAACAUCUGUGUCUCACAGCCACAUUACCACUACAAAUAAUGAAUAUAGAAUGUUAUUGUAUCACGUUUUACUUAACAUUCUUCUGCAAUAUAUAUGAGUCGUGCUAUGUGAAAGGAGGUUUAAUGCAUGUGCGCAAAGUGUCGUCCCAGAUUAGCCUGUGCAGUCCGUCACUUUCCGCGUUUAUGAUAUUUUUUCGUUUCAAGAAAGUCACUUCUUAGCAAAAAAGCAAGUUUAUGUGGUAAGUGUGGUCCCUGAUUAGCCUGUGCAAACUGCACAGGCUAAUAUGGGACGACACUUUACGCACAUGCUUUAAACACCAUUUUCACAGAGCGCGGCUCAUAAUAAUUAUUAACCAUUAUCUCGUUUCUAUUGUAUUGCAUGUACCAAAUCAUUAUGUAUUUGUUAUUGUUAUACUUAAAAUAUGCGUUAGUGAGAAUCUUAUGUUCUUAAUACAUAUGUAAUUUUUUGUUUUAAAUAUUAUUCAACAUGUACGAUAAAAUAUAAUUGCAUAA